CGAACGAAUUGCUCCCAGCAAGAACACACACACCACGGCUGUUCCGAGCAUUGCACCGAAACCCAACCCCACCCCACCGUACCCCUACACCUUCCACUCCACUCACCAAUUCAAUUACCAAUUCCAACCAUGGCCGACGAUAUGGACUUUUUCCAGGGAGAGGCUCCCGCCGUCGAAACCGCUUCCCCCGGAGAGGACGGGGGCUUCACCCUCCUGGGAGAACCCGAAUCCAUGGGACCGGCCCCCGGCGACAUGGCCGCCUUUGUCGGGGACGUCCAGGAGUCCUCCCCGGCGGACAUGGGCUUUGCGGCUUCCCCCGAGGAGAUGGGCUUUGCGGCCGCCCCCGUGGACGUGGACGAGAGCGCUAGCGCCCCCAUCCUCCUGGGAGCCCCCCCGCCGGCCAUCGAGGAGAACACCGUGAUUCUCGGGGAGGCCCCUCUCCCUCCUUCCGAAGMACCCGCGGUGGUGGAAGCCGAAGAAGAAGCCCCCAGCGCCAUGAAGAAGUUCCACGAGGAGUGGCAGGCCACGCUGGAGGCCCGCCGGGCGGAGGAGGACGCUUCCAAGGCCGCCAUGGAGGCUUCCGCCCGGGAGGCCCUGGAGGCCUUCCAGGCCCGGGCCCAGGCCAAGCGGGAGGCCAAGAUGGCCAAGAACCGGGAGGACGAGCAGGCCAAGCUCGAGGCCAUCGAGGCCGACCUGGAGAACGACAACAGCUGGCAGCGCGUYAGCAAGAUGGUCGACCUCACCCAGGACGGGGCCGACAACGCCGAGAGCACCAAGCGGAUGCGGGACAUCUUCAUCAUGCUCAAGAACGAGCCGGGGCUGGCCGCCAAGGUGGGGGCGUAGAAACGCCAAAGGCGCGGGUUCGUGCCCGGGCAGGCCYCGCAUUCCAAGACAACUACAGUAAUCUACCAUAAAGUACUUCUACUCUACUACCGUAACCGUACCUACCUACCUACCGAUCUACACCAUACAGUAACAAAGAAAGAAACCAAUUGUCUACCGGAUCUUUUUUUUAAAAUAGUUUUGGGCUUGCAAGCAAGCGAUUCUGCUAGGGCGCAAGCCUUGUGUAGAGAGAAAUGUGUGCAGAGAGAGAGAGAGAGCCGCUCACCCUUUGCAAGAAACAAACAAACACACACACACACA